GGCCCUGUUUCACCGUUGAUAGCAGCAUGCUACUAUCAAAUUGCGCGAGCUGACGUAAUGUGAUGAGGUCACACUUAUGACGUUUCGUGUAAUCUGUGAGCUGCGUUUGGAACAGAGUUGCUGUUUCGUUGAAUGCGAUGUGUUUGAUCGCACGACCGUGAAGCUGUUGGCAGCAAUGUUUGAUGACAUCACACAGAUUGACGGCGUCAUGGUUUGCUGAUGUUUCCGUGGAAACCCAAUUUGACACGUGUGAUAGCAGCGUGCUGCCAUCACCGGUGAAACAGGGCCCAUAAUAGCAUGGUCUGUGUUGCACAUAUUGAUGCUGAAGCUAUACCUACAAAUGUCUUUCAGAUAACCUACUGAGUGUUCACAUUCAUCACAAAUGCAGUCAUUCUCCGGUAUAUUACAUCUGAUGUGCUGGGCAUCAUCAAUGUCAGGGCCUGUACGACGUGGUGGCCAACCUGGGCAGCCUGGCGGCCCGCUUCCUCUUUCAGCCAGUCGAGAAGAACGCCUACGUCUACUUCUCGCGCACAGUGGAACGGGGAAAGCCGGUGUCUGCCGCGGCGGGCCGGGUUCUGCACGACCUGCUGCGCGCCAUGAGCCUGCUCGGUCUGGUUGCCGUCACGUUCGGCUGGAGCUACCCCCCCCCCCCCCCUGCUGCUGCGGCUGUACGGCGGCGCCCUGCUGGCCGCCGGUCCGGCCGUCAGUUUGCUGCGCGCCCAGUGCGCCUACGUGCUCCUACUGGCGGUGAACGGAGUGCUGGAGUGCUACACGUUCGCGGUGAUGCGCCAGGAACAGAUCAAUGGGUAUAACCGGAAGAUGGUGCUGCUAUCUGUGAUAUUCGUCAUCUCGACAGGGAUCUUUACUAGGCUAUUCGGCGGGGUUGGAUUUAUCCUCGCCAACUGCGUCAAUAUGCUGACCAGGAUAUACGUUUGUUACCGGUUCGUGGCCGGUCUGCCGCUGGAGCCGGCGGUGUCCGUGCCGCCGCUACUCGGUCUCCGCCCGCCGCCCGCCGUGGCUGCCGCGCUGGUGACCGCCGGCCUGCUGGCAGCCGGCUCCGAGAGCUGGCUGUACCCCAGCUCCGCCGCCGCCCAUGUGGCUGUGGGCGCGCUCUGUGGGGCCGCCGUGGUGGCCGCGGCGGUGUACAGCGAGCUCCGCCUCCUCCAGGCGGUCAGGGAGCGGGUCGGGGAUAAACUGAAGCGCAGCUAGCGGGGAGUGCUACUCACAUGGUCAUGCAGGGAAUAGGUUUGUUUUGUUGUGAUAUUUAUGUGCAUUUUGGGUUGAAUAUACACCGUGCCUGUAAGUAGAGUGGAUGUAUCAAUUUUAAGACUAGUGCGACUGCAGGGGGCGUUGUGGCUAUCGCCCAUUUGAGAGCUGGACAGUGCUUGAAAGCAACUUCCUACCCAUGAAUUUUGGCAUUCAGAUCCUAAUUAUAGCCAUCUGUGAUGAACGAUGCAGGGGAUGCAGAAAAUCGAUGCAGAAAAUCGUGGCCGGUUAGCGUCUGGUGGGGCUUGUAGGCUAAUGAUGGGCACGACCAGGUGCUGUAUGCUAUAUGUGGUGACAGCAGCGUUCCUGAGCGUCAGGUGUAUCUCUUGCUCUGAAGUCCAGAAGUCCUUAUCGUUCUUGUGCAUUCACUUUGUCAGUGCCUGAUGUCAGUGUCAGUGUUUGUCAGUGUUUCAUUCUGUAGCAGACAUGCAGUCAUAUUUGGUUAAAUAGAACCUUGCAGUCUGA